CACUCUCCUUUCUCAUUAGUUUGUCUUAGCUAGCCCACAUCCACGUGCCCCACACCUAUACACGUGUAUAUAUAAAUAUAGCCUUUGCCAUUUCCAUGCACGACAUUGACAAGCUCUUCCUUCUGCUCUUACUCUGAUUCUCUGAAGGGCUAAAUAUGUAUGUGGGAUUUGUUGUGAUGAGUUUUUUAUUGACGGCUUCGGCGGCCGGCAACUUCAGUCAAUAUUUUGACAUAACUUGGGGAGAUGGUAGAGUAAAGAUUCUUGAAAAUGACCAACUUCUCACUCUUUCUCUUGACAAAGCUUCUGGUUCUGGCUUUAGAUCAAAGAACCAAUACUUGUUUGGGAGUAUUGAUAUGCAGCUCAAGCUAGUGCCUGGAAAUUCUGCUGGAACUGUCACUGCUUACUAUCUAUCUUCCUUAGGGUCAGCCCAUGAUGAAAUAGACUUUGAAUUCCUUGGGAACCUUAGUGGAGAUCCAUAUAUUCUCCAUACAAACGUAUACACUCAAGGAAAAGGAAACAGAGAACAACAAUUCUAUCUUUGGUUUGAUCCCACCCAAGAUUUCCACACCUACUCCGUUCUUUGGAAUCCUCAAGCCAUCAUUUUCUCGGUGGAUGGGAUACCCAUUAGAGAAUUCAAGAACAUGGAAUCAAAUGGUAUAGAAUUUCCAAAGAGCCAACCAAUGUGGAUAUACUCUAGCCUAUGGAAUGCUGAUGAUUGGGCCACAAGGGGUGGACUUGUGAAGACAGACUGGAGCCAAGCACCUUUCACAGCUUCCUAUAGCAACUUCGAUGCACAGGCAUGCAUUUGGUCAUCACCAUCAGGAUCUCUCUCUUGCUCCUUCAAUUCCUCUGAUAAUUUAUGGCUUACACAGACUCUCAACGCCACAGCCCAAUCAACAGUGAAAUGGGUCCAGGAGAACUACAUGAUUUACAACUAUUGCGCUGAUACUAACCGAUUUCCUCAAGGACUCCCUCCUGAGUGCUCACUUGCUUGAAUGUAUUUAUGUUUUUUCUAAUAAUACCACCACUAAUAAAUUUUCAGUGAAUUUAGUUGCAAAUUACUUGGUUUUAUGUUUUUAAUGGUAAUAUAUAAAAUUCGACGAGCAGUAAUAGCGUACGAUGAUUUCAAAGAAAAAUAGAGUACAAAAAAAUCAAUAAUUACAUUUUAUUAGUAAAAAAAAAAAAAAAGGAAGAUUUCCAUUUGGCUGGA